AUGAGCGCGACAUCUCUCUCGAUGCCCGGCCCCAGUAACAGCAGCCAUCCCUCCGUCUGGGUGUCGGACGGCAACUGCUCUGCCUCCGUCUACGUCGGCGUGCAAGGGCGCGACCUCGACCCGAAAGACAACUUCACGCUAUGCUCGGCGACGUACGCGCUGCAAACGAGCGAGGAAACGGAGGAGCCAGACCUGUCCGAGAUCCAGGCGUGCUGCUUUGAGAACCAAGGGGACUACUCGUGCGAGAAGAACAACUGCCUUAUGUACGACCCCCAGCACGUCGAGGAGUGGAAGGAGUGCGUCAGGCAGUCGCAGUCGAAUUUGUACUCGUGCACCGUGUACCCGAUUCACAAGAAGUCGGUCAACGGCGCCGCCCGCGCAGCGACACGGCUCGGUCUCGUUCUCUCCGUUGUCAUGGCCAUCGCCGCCACCCUCUAG